AAGCGACGGGGCGAUGUGUCGUGUCGUGUCUCGUUUAUAUAUAUAUUACUACUCUAUAAGGCUUUAUUGUAGGCGUUCACAUUGCACCGUAUUCUGCCAUCCUCUCCCUCGCGCAAUCGCGUCGUGCUCACAGCCAAUGCCCCCGCCAGGCCCUCCUCGCCCCAUUCUCUCUCCUGCAAUCCCCGCGGCCUCGCUCCGGUUCUCCAUCCUCGCCCACAUGUCGUCCCUAAACCCCGCCCCGGCUCUCUCCAUGGAAAGCGCGUCCUCUGCGCUCGGCUCUCCGCGCUCGUCCCUAAACCCCGCCCCGGCUCUCCGCUAUCCAUGGAACGUGGGUCCUCUGCCCCGGAUCACCGCGCCGGCCCUCGAUCCGCGUCCGCGACAGCCCGAUCUCGCGUGUGGAUUGGGUACCCCUCUGCCCCAGAUCGUCGCCUCCGCCCGGCAUCAGCGUCCGUGUCCGCGUUGUGGCGUCCGCAGUCUCCAUGGAAGGCAAUCCCGUGCGUGGAUUAGGCACCCCUCUGCUGGCGCCAGCACCGCCCAUUCGGGACCACGCGCAGCCCUCGCCGUGCCAUGCGCCACCAUUGGCCUCCUCAGGUGGGACUUCCCCUUUCGAAUUCUCAGAUCUGAGGCCGCCGCCGGAUCUAGAGGUGACAACGAUUUCCCCGAGUUCAAGCGCCAUUGACCGCAGCAAGACCUGAAGGACACCAGUGCUUCCUUGAUUCCAUCCUAGACGAACCGAGGCCCCCAAAUCAGGCAUCAACAAACUCAUUAACCGAGCGACCUGAAAGACAUGCAUAUAUCAGAGCAAAGUGAUAAUGACGCCACAAGAGAAGACUUCAGGGAUGAUUUACUUCAGUCUUACAGCUUGACGCACAAAUCACUAUUGACCCUACGAAAAUUAUUUUGUUUAAAUACUACAAAGAUAUGCUGUCACAGAUUAACUGUUUGCGGCCUCUAUGUCUUGUUACCAUGUAAGUUAAGCAAAGUAUUUAUUACAACCUGUGCAGUGUAUAAACCUCCAUAUGAGCAAAUAAUAAUUAUUCAAACCUCUUCCUGUUCCAACAUUGUAAAUGCCGACUUUUCUAGGCUCUGCUUGUUGAGUGCUUUCACAUGAGCAUCAAGUAAAUCUGUGACAUCAAUAUAAUCUCUUAUGCAGGUUCCAUCAGUUGUGGGAUAAUCUGUUCCUUUAAUCUACAGGAAGGUCAUGCAUAACCAUCAGCUCAAUCUUAUAGCGCGCUUUGACAACAAAGUGCUCUAUAUUUUUCUCCGUUGCUCUAGGAACCCUUUGUGCCCACAUCACCAUAUGACAAUAAUAGCUACAAGUUAAGGAAUAAAUAAACACACAAUUUAUAGAGCUAAAAACAAGAUCUUGCUGCGAUGGUAUUAGUGUUAUGGUGAUAUUUUACCAUGGAUUUUGCAUAUCAUAUUGAUGUUUGUCGUUUCGUAUCUAUGUUUUGUACUAAUUUAUAACUUUCGUGGCAAUUGGAAUGCAUUUGCUACAGGUUGUCCACCAAUUGGAUCUACUGCAACAAGUGCUCCUCCACUCGCGUGCAUGUAUAAAAUGGCAGGGGUUCUACCAACAAUCAACACACCUGUGAAGUGAAGCUGGGACGUGUAGGUUGAUCCACGACGUGUGCAUUUGUAGGAACCCUGAUUUUGUUAGCUUGAAGACCUGUAUUUUCAAAUUCCUCCUCGUCCGGCGCCGCCUCACGGCAGCUGCGGCGGCGGCAUGAUGAACGAGAAGAGCAGGUAGAGGGAGAGGAGUGCCCGGACUGCGGUGGGACUAGCCUCUGUGGCCGCUGCAAAGGAGAGGGCUUCGUCUUCAAGUAGCUCUCGAAGGAUAUGACCACCAGGGAACACAAGGUCGCCAAGAACAUGGCCACCAAAUACACUUUAGGCUGUCCACCAUUGGACCUACUGCAACAAGUGCUCCUCCACCCGCGUGCAUGUAUAAAAUGGCAGGGGUUCUACCAACAAUCAACACACCUGUGAAGCGAAGCUGGGACGUGUAGGUGGAUCCACGACGCGUGCAUCUGUAGGAACCCUGAUUUUGGUAUCCACUAACUUUGUUGGACUAAAGAGCCCAGACCAAUCGACCCAUUUUCGUGGAGGUCAUCAUCCUUCUUUGUUGAGCCAUCUGGGUGACCUUGCAAAUUGGAUAAGUGCCAAAGAAUACCUACUGCAUAUGAAUUUUGAGCCUUUAUCAGGAGCUGAAUAAGAACUUUGUUCAUAGAAUCACACUGUUUAUCUAUAGACACCCACAAUAGAAUACCUACUGCUCAUUAUGGAGAAAACAUUCUUGUGAUACCCCUCACAUGGCAGCCACAAUUGUGCUAAGUGUGAAGAUAUAACAAUUUCUUGAAGGGGUGUUAACAUAAAUAUGUUUGUUGAAUUCCACCAUCACUUAAGCAUUCAUUUUACUGUUAGUUUGAAUUGCAAUCCCUCAUAAUUUUAUCAUGUGUGCUUAACUGCUUAUGCAUAUACAUAUCUUGAUAGGAUUUUGUAUGGAACUGCAAAGCCUGUUUUAAGAAGAAUUUCUAGCAAAAUUUUGGAUGCACAAUCAACACCUCAAAACUCUCUCAGCUUUGUAACCUUCAGAAAGUGUUGAGAGAGGUGGCAUCUAGAGGACGUCAUGUCGAACGUGUGAAUUUUUUUAGAAAUAUGUAUAUUUGUGUGAAGCUUUUUAGAAACUUGACUCCAUUUUAUUUUCUAUGUCCCUCUCGGCUUUGUUUCCUAUCAUUUCCAUGACUUGCUAUGCAUUUGCACUAUAUUUGGCAUGUCUAAAACCGCUACACAAAACUUGCUAUAUAUUUUGUCUAAAAAUACUAUAUCCUUGUUAUGCUUGCUUGAUCUUUAUUUUUUCUGGUCUUCUAUUCUUGUGUGGUCUAUCAAGAGUGAGGCAAUUAUAUAAGGAUAUAUGCUUUGUCAGUAUUGUCUGAGUCUUUGAGCGUAGCAGCAAAAGUCUUGGCACAUCAUUGUUUUAGUUAUUAUGACCUAAAUAACCCAGUUUAUAUAUAGAGCUCGUGGCAAUGGAAGUCCCACGAUAGGACGAUGGAGCUCGUGGCAUCAAGUGGUGUCGCGCUCAGGCUCGCGCUCAUCUGCAACAAGACACUAUUUCCCGUGAGGAUUCCUAUCACCAUUGCGCUCAUGUCGCGAAUACCUUGAGCUAUUGGAGGCUCGUUAAUUUGUGUUCCGUCGCAACGCACGGGCAUAUAACUAGUAUAUAUAUAGGGCAGGUAUAACGGGAGCCCUGGGCUUCGAAUAUUAAAGGAAGCCCAGGUCGGCUCCGAGGUCUGGUCCGCUGAGACAGGCGCGCCUGUGUUUAACGUAGUCCAGACAGGCGGCAUGCAGGACGGACGGCGCCGUUACACGGUUGUUUUUAAUGGCAAGGCGGUAAACAUAUGGUAAAGGCGCGGAAUUAUAGGGAAUAGUUUCCACAUGCAAACGUGCUUACUAUGUUACGUGGGUGCGAAAUUUAUGGAUCUUGCAUGGGGUGUAAUGGCGGCAGGUAAAUAUAACGUAGAAUAAGAUGUUGAAAGAUAUGGCAUAAAACCGAAACGACACAAAAGUUGCAUAAAUAGUAUAUACCGUUUGGCGUAAAACGUUAAGACAUUGUGCGUAAAUAGUGUAUUAUGGAUAUUAGUUUGACAUUGACAUCGCCAUAAUAUCGGGACAGUUUCGGAAAUAAUGGGGAGACCCUGUAAACAUGGAUGCGGUUACUUGUAUAGUAUCCGUGAUUUCCUUUCAUCCGAAAAAACACCACAAAUCCUGCAUAACUAUUUGGAGGUGGAGAUGGCUGGCUCUGGAGAGUCGUCGGCGGUGGUAGGAGAUGGCGUUCGUCUUGAUCCAGAGACAGAGGGAGUAGUUGAUGGUAACUCACUGGUCACACCACCUCCUGCUCUACUGGGUCCUGUGAUCGACGAGAUGAGCAUAGGGGAAGAAGGAGAACAAAGGGUUCGACCUCCUAUGUCCAAUAUUAGCUCCAGGGAGAUGGAUACGCCUCAAAUACUGCAUUCACAUGAAAAAACAUUGAUCCAACUAUAGUGCCAACGAUAGGGAUGACUUUCAAGGAUGUUGAUGAUGCAUAUAAAUUCUAUAAAAGAUAUGCAUAUGAAGUUCGAUUUCCACUGAAGAAAUACAGAGAGAAGACGUUCAGUAAGUGGAUAAAUUGUUCACGUGAAGGUAAAAGUGCGCCAAAAUCAAAUGAUACACCUAGGAUGAGGAAUAGGACUUCGGGGCGUACGCAAUGUAAGGCUGGAAUAAAAUUAAAAAAAAUAUAUAUGAUGAUAAAAAAAUGGUUGUAGCUGCAAAAAUUGAACUGGUAAACUUGGAGCAUAACCAUGAGUUCAUAACUGACGAAGCAGAGAAACAACAUUUACAUUGCAACAAAAGUAGGGAUGCUGAGUUCAUAAAUUUUGUUGAUGCAAUGCAUGAUAGCCGAGUGCCGCAGCAUUGCAUAGUUGAUUUUAUAUCAGAAAUGCAUGAUGGGCCGGAGAACGUACCAGUAACUGCUCAAGAUCUGAAAAACAUGAGGGCAGCAAUGAGAAGAGAAAACUGCGCAAAUGAUGUAGCCAAACUUUUGGCUUUCUUUACAGAAUGCAAGAAACAGAAUCCACAAUUUUUUUGUGAUUUCCAGCUAGACAAUGAUGGGAAAAUAGUGAGUAUUUUUUGGUCACACGCAAGUAUGGAGGGGGAAUAUGCAGAUUAUGGUGAUGAUGUGACAUUUGAUACAACACACAAGACAAAUAUAUAUGAUAAACCACUGGGCAUGUUUGUUGGAGCUAACAGCCAUCUGCAGUGUACAGUGUUUGGAUUUGUUUUGUUGGGAGAUGAAAUAGUACAGACUUUUGAAUGGGCUUUCAAUUCAUUCAAAACAUGUAUGGGAUGCGAGGGUCCGAGAGUUAUGCUUACAGAUCAAGAUCCUGCAAUGCCAAUUGCUCUAAGAACUGUAUUUCCAAAAACAUUUCACAGACUGUGUUUAUGGCAUGUCCAGAACAGAUUUAUGCCAUUCCUAAAUGAGAUAUAUGCAAGGUUUGCUGUUAAGGAUUUUAAAACAACAUUCUAGUCUAUUAUACAUCAUCCAUUAACUCCUCGUGAGUUUGAAUGUGCCUGGGAAAUGAUGCUAGAGGAGUUCAAUCUUCAUGAAGAUAUGACUCUACGCAAAUUAUAUGAAAUAAGAAAAGAAUGGAUACCUGCAUUUUUUUAAAACGACUUCUGUGGGGUAAUGGUAUCUACACAACGAAGUGAGAGCAUGAACAGAUUAGUGAAGCAAUCACAUGUAGAUGCAAACACCCCACUGCAUGAGUUCGCUAAACAAAUGAUGAAAAUGUUGCACAACAGGAAAAUGAAAGAAUCAAAGGAGGCAUUGGUGAGCAAGGGACCAAGGACAACAGAUACAUUGUAUAGGUUCGAAGUGAGAGUCUCUAGAGCAUACGCCAGAGCUGUUAUGAAUAGAUUUGAGGAAUCAAUGAAAUACGCCACUGCAUACAAAAUAUUAAAGGACGCAGACAGUUGUGAUAAAGAUUGGAUCGUACAACAUACAAAAAGGUCUAAUAAAAUUGUGUGGGGACAACAUCAAUUCAAGAUAACAGCGGACAUAGAAGCUGGGGAGUAUACAUGCGAGUGCAAACAGUGGGAACAUACAGGUCUAUUGUGUGUUCAUCUUUUAAGAGCCUUCAUGCAUCUUCAAGUUGAAAAGAUACCUUCAAAGUAUAUAUUGCAAUGGUACACUGUCUCAUCAAGAAAAGAUGUAUCGUUUGAAAGAAUUGAUAAGAGCUUCAGGAGAAAGGAUGGAGUUACUAAAUCAUACAGACAGAAAAUGUUGUUAACGAAAACAAUGAAAGUAGUUCGCCAGACGUGUAUGUCAAAAGCAGGGUACGACAAGGCGAUGGAUGUGUUGGAUGAGCUCGAUGGCGUUCUAUGCCGAUUAGAGCCAGAUAUUGGAUAUAAUGAGUCAUGUGAUGUUAGUGAUGAUGAGGAAGACAAGGAAGGAGAAUUGAACAAAAAUAAUGCUGGCGAUGGGAUGGAAGAUGACAAUACAAUUACAUGCCAUAAAAUGGAUGAGCAUAACACCAUGACUGGAUGUGAACAUGCGUUAACAUUAAUAACAGCUGGUAACCAGGAGGACAACAUGAGAAUUCCACCUGAGGUUGGUGAUACAAGUUCUCCGUGUCACGUAGCACAGGAACAAAUGGAACAUAUUGAUGCAUCCUCAGAAGCUAAAAAGAGGUUGAAUUUUAAUGUGGAUGUUAUAAAUCUGAGUAUGCCGGAUCGUGCAAGACCAAAAGGACGGACAAUAAAAAAUUCAGAAGAUAGGAUUAUGAGGCUAGGUGCGAAAGGAGAAAAAAAGAAGAAUAGGAGAUGCCAAUUGUGUGGUAUAGCAGAUGGACAUAACAGCAGAACGUGUCUAUCUGUGGAAGAGAACAGGGCAAGACUAGCAAAACUGGCUCAUCGAAAGAGAGGACGACCAGCCGGAUCAAGACUAAACAAUAAAACAACUGCUCCACAGUGGAACGAAACAUCGACUGCUAAAAAACACCGUAUUGAUGAAGAAGAGGAAAAUGAAGAAGCCGAUGAGCAUAUGGAAUUGGGUGAAUAAUUUGAAGUGUGACUAAAGAGUGGUCGAUGUAGUAGAAACUUGUAAUAGCAUAAUGACCUAUGUUUUAGUUUUUUUGGAAAUUAAUAGUUUGCAUGACUGGGUUAUA